CGUUGUUGUAGGGUUGGGUGUAGUCUGUGUAGUUCGUUACAGUCCGGAGUAGUCAUGUCAAGGGUGUUGUCCGUGUGUGAUUGACUCGGAAGAAAUGCCUAAAGGAAAGAUGUGGAUCCAAUAUUACGCAUUAUUACUGUCCCUGUGCUGUUUUGCGCUACGUCAAACUCACGGUCAGCAUUUCAACAACACAGUCACGUGGUGUACGGUCUCCGACGGCGAGCAGAACAAAUGUCAAGCCUUCGCCAGGGCGGUCGAUCGCGAGAUAGGUGCCUUUGGUUACAAUUAUUUUUCGGUGCGAUGCAAACAGGCUUUCAACAAGGAGGAAUGUAUGGCCAUGCUGGACCACGAGAAAGCACAGAUAACUACGUUGGACGCUGGAGAGGUCUUCAUAGCUGGACGAUACCAUAGUCUUGUACCAAUAAUGCAGGAAAUAUAUGAAAGUGGCGUAAAUUAUCAAUACGCCGUUGCGGUGAUUAAGAAGGGCUCUCUGCCGGAUGUUAAUAGUUUGUAUGAUCUCAGAGGCAAGAAGGGCUGCUUCGCUGGCGUCGGGACACUAGCUGGUUGGGUUAUUCCUAUUAACAGUCUUAUGAGAUAUGGAGGAAUGGAAGUUAUUGACUGUAACAAUCAUGUGAAGUCAACAAUUAAAUUCUUUGGACCUAGUUGUGCAGUAAACUCGUUAAUUGAUAAAUACAAUCCCCUUGGUGAUAAUUCUGACCAGUUGUGCAGCCUAUGCAUCGGAAAGAUACCCGGUGGCAAAUGUACGAAUCAAGAUCCUUACUCAGGAUACGAAGGAGCUUUCCGCUGCUUGGUUGAAGCGGGUGAAAUUGCCUUUCUGGUGCAUACGACUGUGCAGGAAAUGACUUCGACGACAUUCGAUUUUAGUUCUGUGAAAAAGGAGCAAUUUGAACUACUGUGCAAGGACGGUACUCGCAGACCCGUGGACGAUUACAGGACCUGUAAUUGGGGCACCGUGCCAUCUCGUGCAAUAGUCACGUCUUCGGCGACCAACUUCGAGAUUCGUCGAAAGUAUCAAAGAUUUUUAGAGAAAGCCGUUCGAAUACUGCAUAAAAACAGAAAUGACAGAAAUGACACAACGGGCUUCAGUCGUUUCGACAACAAUCAAGGGAGUUUUGACAACGAUCAAGAGGGUUUCGAUAAUAAUCAAAGAGGUUUUGACAACAAUCAAAGGGAUUUUGAGAAUCGUCCGGGUUACAACAACAGAUUUAGCGAGAGUGACUUUAACAGAGGCGGAUUUAGGAAUCCGAACGAAUAUAGCACAGACAAUUGGGAUCGUAACGGAUUCGAUCGAAGCUUCGGCGGCGGUGGCGGAAGAGGAGGAGCAGAAGGAGGAUUUAAUUCGUGGGAUAGGCCUGGAAUUAACGAUACAUUCGAUUAUUAUAAUAGAGAAAGAGUCCACACUGAACCUACGAAUGUACGACCGAUAGAAAUGUUCGAUUUAUACGAAUCGGCGCCUAGAUACGGAAUGCAACAUAAUUUAAUAUUCUCUGACUCCUCUCGCGAUUUCGUACAACUGUCCGAAAAAGAUCAAACGUACACCGGGUAUUUAGGAAGAUCUUUAGACCAUAUAUUAGGGGUGCGUCAUUGUCCCGUAAAUCGAAUGACAUUAUGCGUUACAUCCGAUCCAGAAAUGGAAAAAUGCGUAAAGAUGAAGAUUGCCUUAAAAGCCCAGCUCUUAAAACCAGAAUUACUUUGUCACAGAGGUCACAGCCAAAUAAAUUGUAUGCAGUUGAUACAAAGCGGGAUUGCCGAUGUAACUGUACUAGAUGCCAGUGACGUCUACACCGCUGGACUGCGGUUUGAACUCAUUCCAUUUAUAUCCGAGGUGUACAAUUUGGGUACACCAGACUAUUACGUUGUCGCCGUCGCGAAGGAGGAGGAUGACAACACAGACCUGACGUAUCUCAAAAACAAAUACACUUGUCACACUGGAAUCAAUAUGGCCGCGGGAUGGGUUUAUCCGCUGGCGUACCUCAUCUCCAACAAGUGGAUCAGGGGAUAUGGUUGUGAUUCUGUGCGCGCCGCCGCCGAAUACUUCAGCAAAUCUUGCGUGCCGGGUGCACUCAGCACUGAAUACAAUACAGGCGUGCCUUAUGAUAACAUGUGCGACCUGUGUCACGGGGUGAGCUACCGGUAUUGCCGAAGAGACGCUUCCGAGGAUUACUUCGGAUACACAGGUGCCUUUAGAUGUCUGGUGGAAGGUGGCGGCGACGUGUCUUUCGUGAAACAUACGACGGUUGCAGAGAAUACCGAUGGCAAGCGCAAGGAGUUCUGGGCGCGCAACACUUUCACAAAAGAUUUUGAGUUACUCUGCCCAGAUGGUACGCGCCGUCCGACUUCGGAUUACAUAAAUUGCAAUCUGGGCAAAGUCGCCGCCAAUGCCAUAGUCACGCGCGGCGGGUAUUAUGGCUACAAUGAGACGCAAAUCAACGCAUACAUCAAUCUAUUUAUAUACGCACAACAGUUUUAUGGCCGAAAGGAGCAGGACGAGUUCAGCUUCAGCAUGUAUUACAGUCCACCGCCUUACAGCGAUCUCAUCUUUCAAGAUGCCACUCAGCAGCUGGUGGUGAUCCUGCCGAACAAGCGGGAGUACAGCGCGUAUCUCGGGCAAGAUUUUAUGAGAGCCAGGAGAAUCGUAGAUUGUAAUGCAGGUGCGUCAGCGAUAAGUUACUCAUUGUUCGCUACGAUAGUUAUGAUCGCGUUUACUUUUGCAUUUGGUAGAUAAGUAUUGCGAGUUGCAUGCAUUACAAGAAUAUUCGAAUAAAAAUUCGUGUCGAGAUUACGAACGAAGAUUGGAGAUCUGACAAACGAAUCUGAUAUAGCACAUUUUAUCAAUUGGCAAUAUAUACAGGGUGUAAAACAAAUGUGGCCACUACUUCAGAAGUGUAUUCUACUUGUCAAAAUAAGCAAAAAAGUUUAUAUGUCUAAAAAUGUCUAAAAAUUGUUUUCACGUUACAAUCAUGUUUAAAGAGACGCUAAGGAUGUUUUAUCAAUGGUUCCCUUGUGUCCUCGUGUUUUUGGGAACAUCUAAAACAAAUUGUCUACUUUUUGUUGACGAUAUUAAUGAUCUUCGUCAGCACAUUGAAAACAGGUUCAAUGAAAUACGCAACACACCGAAUGUUUGUGAAAGGCUGAGAAGGUCGCUAAGAAGAAGGGCGGAGCUAACAUAUUUUUGUUGGGAACGGUUACUUUAAACAUUUGCUUUAAGAUUUAUUGUAUUUCACUUUUAUUUUCCAUUGUAUUGUUAGAAAUAAAAUAAUAAUUGUAACUGUCUUAAGUUUCAGCUCAAACUGACUGUAACAUGAAAACGAUGCAUUUUUAGACAUACGUUUAUAUGCCCAAACUUUUUUGCUCAUUUUGAUGAGUAGAAUACAUGCCUGAAAUAGCGGCUCACAUUUAUGUUACAUCCUGUAUAUAUUAUAUUUAACAAUAGUAGAUAUUAAAUAAUAUUAAAUUUAGCAAUAGUAUAUUUUAUCGCUGCUACGUAUCACUAAUAUUAUCAAAGAUACAUUCUCAAUAUCAGUCAAAUUGUUUUAUACAUAUUUUACACGUAUACUUUUACAAAAGUACAAAUGACUGAGAAAUAGAGUUGAAUAUAUAAAUUUAAGCGCGAUUGCUGCCUUUGCGUCCGUCCAACGGAGCUAUAUCUUUAAGUGUAUCCGUCCAAAUACAAGAAACUUAUCGAUCUGGUAAUUUUAAGGAUUAUUGUAUUUAAUAAUUUGAUAUGUAUGUAUAUUUUAUACCGUCCACUAAUGUUUUUAU